UUAUUGUUGGUCAGAUUAUAAUAUUUGUAAAAUAGUAUGCUGAUCCGUAAUUAUGCCAGGGGCUUAAUGCUGUAAAUUACGAAAAUCAUCUGAAAAAACCCAGAAUUACAAAAGCACCUCCAAGUCGAAGGGUUGGUGCUGCCAGUGAAUUUUACAAAGAAAAAACUUGGCAACGAAGUCAGGAAGCAGUUGCUCUUUUGAUUCUUCCGAUCGCAAUCCACUUCUCUUUACUUCUUAAACUCUUAUCUGUAUAAACUCUCUCUCUUUCUUCUAUCGAUAAGAGAUUUGCAGUUAUGGACAUGGAGAUUGAUUUCAGAGAGUACAAAUUGAGCUGUGAACUUCGAGGCCACGAAGACGACGUUCGUGGUAUAUGUGUAUGUGGCAAUGCUGGUAUUGCAACUUCUUCGAGGGACCGGACUGUGAGGUUUUGGUCUCUUGAUCCAUCAGACAAGGACAAGUAUGCUUCGUCAAAAAUUUUGUUGGGGCAUUCGAGUUUUGUAGGACCAUUGGCUUGGAUUCCACCAAAUGAAGAGUACCCUGAAGGUGGGAUUGUGUCUGGUGGCAUGGACACACUGGUCUUGGUUUGGAACUUGAGUAAUGGAGAGAAGGUGCAGACACUAAGGGGCCAUCAAUUGCAAGUCACUGGCAUUGCAUUGGAUGAUGGGGACAUCUUAUCAUCUUCUGUUGAUAGUACUUUGAGACGAUGGAGGAAGGGCCAAGAGAUUGAGUCCUGGGAGGCUCAUAAAUCAGCUAUCCAGGCAGUAAUAAAGCUGCAAUCAGGCGAGCUUGUUACAGGUUCAAGUGACACGACUUUAAAACUUUGGAGAGGAAAGACAUGUGUACACACUUUUGUAGGGCAUUCAGAUACUGUUCGAGGUUUAGCAGAAAUGCAUGGUUUGGGUGUUCUUUCUGCAUCACAUGAUGGUUCAAUCCGGUUAUGGGCAUUAACUGGCGAAGUAUUGAUGGAGAUGGUUGGUCAUACUUCCAUUGUCUAUUCAGUCAAUUCACAUGUGUCUGGGCUUAUUGUCAGUGGCAGUGAAGAUUGUUCAGCCAAGAUAUGGAAAGAUGGAGCUUGCAUUCAGAGCAUAGAGCAUCCUGGUUGUGUUUGGGAUGCCAAAUUUUUAGAAAAUGGGGACAUUGUGACAGCAUGUUCAGAUGGAGUUGUACGUAUCUGGACAUCACAUCAGGACAGGAUUGCUGAUCCUCUAGAUCUUGAAUCCUAUAUUUCUCUACUCUCUCAAUACAAGUUAAGCAGGAAGAGGGUUGGAGGACUGAAAUUGGAAGAUUUACCAGGGCUAGAGGCUUUACGGAUUCCAGGAACCACUGACGGUCAGACUAAAGUUGUUAGAGAAGGAGAUAAUGGUGUAGCAUAUUCAUGGAAUUUGAGAGAACAGAAGUGGGAUAAGAUUGGUGAAGUUGUUGAUGGUCCAGAUGAUGGCAUGAAGCGACCUGUUCUUGAUGGAAUCGAAUAUGAUUAUGUAUUUGAUGUUGAUAUUGGAGAUGGUGAACCUAUUCGUAAGUUGCCUUACAACAGAUCAGAUAAUCCAUAUGCAACUGCUGAUAAGUGGCUUCUCAAAGAGAAUCUUCCUCUUUCUUAUCGUCAACAAAUUGUAGAGUUCAUACUUCAAAAUUCUGGACAAAGGGGUGUUUCUCUUGAUUCAUCUUUCCGUGAUCCCUAUACCGGCUCAAGUGCUUAUGUACCUGGACAGCCAUCCAACUUGUCUGCUGUUUCAUCAAAGCCUACUUUCAAACAUAUACCAAAGAAAGGAAUGCUAGUUUUUGAUGUGGCACAAUUUGAUGGAAUCUUGAAGAAGAUAACUGAAUUCAAUAACGCUCUUCUAUCUGAUCCAGAGCAAAAGAACUCAUCUUUGUCAGAGCUUGACAUUUCCAGAAUUGGUGCAGUUGUUAAAAUUUUGAAGGACACUUCACAUUAUCAUACUAGCAAAUUUGCAGAUGCUGACAUAUCUUUGUUGUUGAAAUUACUAAUAUCUUGGCCAGUGGCAAUGAUAUUUCCAGUUAUUGAUAUCCUGAGGAUGAUUGUCUUACACCCAGAUGGGGCGAGUCUAGUUCUCAAGCAUGUUGAAGAUGAAAAUGAUAUAAUAAUAAAAGUGAUCAAGAGAGUCACAACCAAUUCUCCGCUACCCUCAAACCUUUUAACCAGCAUCCGUGUGCUAAUCAAUCUAUUCAAGAAUUCAGGCUAUCACAAUUGGCUACUAAGGCAUCGUGGUGAGAUUCUUGAUGCAUUUUCAAGUUGUUAUUCAUCACCAAACAAGAACUUGCAGUUAUCUUAUUCUACCAUGAUCCUCAAUUAUGCUGUGCUGUUAGUAGAAAAAAAGGAUCAAGAAGGUCAAUCCCAAGUUCUUUCAGCGGCUCUUGAGAUUGCAGAAGAGGAAAGUAUAGAAAUCGAUUCAAAAUUUCGAGCUUUAGUUGCCAUUGGAUCACUGAUGCUUGAUGGUCUGGUGAAACAAAUAGCAUUGGACUUCGAUGUUGUGAACAUUGCCAAAACAGCAAAGGCUUCUAGAGAAACUAAGAUUGCUGAAGUUGGAGCUGACAUUGAACUAUUAGCAAAACAGAAUUGAAUCGGGUUGGUAAUUACGGUCAACAGCUUGAAGAGAUUCAAAAGAAACUUAACAACUUGAAUAUUUUCUUCGUCCUUCAUUAGGUGCAGGAAACCGAGUCAGGUAGUCAUGAUAUUCACAGUCGCCGAUAUACAAUAGAACAUUGAUUUUGCUGUAGGUGAAUCCAUUAUUUGGAAAACAACUCAGUCCAUGGCAUGCCCGAAACUUUCGGGUAAUGUGCUAAACUUCUAACUUGAGUUGUAAGGGAGGAAAAAGGAAACGAGUAGUUAAAAUCAGAUUCUGCAAGUGUAUCAUACCUCGCAGACAAAGGAAAGCAACUACAAAUGAAUCCGAAAUUUAUUUGAUUGAUAUAUUUUUUGCUGCACAAUUGCAUUAUUUGUUGAAGUUCUA